CGCGCGGCACUCCCAACAUGGCGGCGGCCAGCGCGGGGGCGGCGCGCAGCCCGGGACCCUCGGCGAGGACGGAAGCCCGAGCCCGGCGCCCGGCGCCCGGGCGACCCGCGCGGCUGCCCCCGCUGCUGGUGCUGCUGGCGGCGGCAGCGGCGGCGGGGUCGGGCGCGAGCGGCGCGGCGCGCCUGUACCGCGCGGGCGAGGAUGCCGUGUGGGUGCUGGACAGCGGCAGCGUGCGCGGGGCCACGGCCAACAGCUCGUCCGCGUGGCUCGUGCAAUUCUACUCGUCGUGGUGCGGCCACUGCAUCGGCUACGCGCCCACCUGGCGGGCCCUGGCGGGGGAUGUGCGAGACUGGGCUGCUGCCAUUCGCGUCGCCGUCCUGGACUGCGCGGAAGAAAGGAACCAUGAGGUGUGCCGCGCCUACGACGUCCACUUCUACCCCACCUUCCGGUACUUUAAAGCAUUUACAAAGGACUUUACAAGUGGAGAAAAUUUUAAAGGGCCCGAUAGAGAGCUGCAGACAGUGAGGCAGACGAUGAUUGACUUCCUGCAGAACCACACCGACAGCGACAGGCCUCCCGCGUGCCCUCCUUUGGGCCCCGCCUGGCCCGGGGACCUCCUGUCCCUCUUUGACAACCGUGCUGGCUGUUACGUGGCGAUCCUGGUUGAAAGCAAUGGCUCCUACAUCGGGCGUGAGGUGAUUUUGGACCUGAUUCCAUAUGAGAGCAUCGUGGUGAAGAGAGUGCUGGACACGGAUAAGGCCUUUCUGGACAGACUCGGUGUUUCUUCUGUUCCUUCCUGUUACUUGAUUCACCCAAAUGGGUCACAUGGAUUAAUUAACGUUGGGAAGCCUCUCCGGUCAUUUUUCUCCUCUUAUCUGAAGUCACUGCCGGAUGUGAGGAAAAAGUCACUUUCGUUGCCUGGGAAGCCGAAUGCAGAGGAACAUCCUGAAGUUGUGGUUUGGAGAGAAUUUGACAGGUCGAAACUGUACACGGCAGACCUCGAGUCAGGGCUGCACUACCUCCUGAGGGUGGAGCUGGCCGCCCACCAGUCCCUGGCCGGGGCCGCACUGAAGACACUCAAGGACUUUGUGACUGUCCUCGCCAAGCUGUUCCCCGGGAGGCCGCCCGUCAGGAGGCUGUUGGAAACGCUGCAGGAGUGGCUGGCCAGCCUUCCCCUGGACAGGAUCCCCUACAAUGCCGUCCUCGACCUGGUCAACAACAAGAUGCGGAUUUCUGGAAUAUUCCUUAUGAAUCACAUAACAUGGGUUGGAUGUCAAGGAAGCCAACCAGAACUGCGGGGCUACACGUGUUCUCUCUGGAAACUGUUCCACACUUUAACCGUUCAAGCCGGGACCCACCCAGAAGCGCUGAAUGGCACAGGCCUUGAAGACGACCCCCAGGCAGUGCUGCAGGCCAUCAGGAGGUACAUCCGCACCUUCUUUGGGUGUAAGGAGUGUGGUGACCAUUUCGAGGAAAUGGCUGAAGAAUCCAUGGACUCCGUGAAAACCCCAGACCAAGCGAUUCUCUGGCUUUGGAGGAAACAUAAUGUGGUGAACAGCCGCCUGGCAGGCCAUUUGGGUGAGGACCCCAAGUCUCCAAAGGUGCCGUGGCCCACUCCCGACCUCUGCCCAGCCUGCCAUGAGGACGUUAAGGGCCUGGACAGCUGGAACGAGGGCCAGGUGCUCCUGUUCCUGAAGCGGCACUACAGCAGCGACAACCUCGUGGACACAUACUCUGCGGCCCUGGGCGAGGCCAGCCAAGGUGCGACGCAGGGGAGGGGCCGCACUUCCCCGGAGAGGCCUCGCAGAGACCAAGGUGCCGGGAGUCUCCGUCUGGCCAGCGUGCGGCCGCCCAGGCCCGGCCCCUCAGUGAAGCUCGAGAGUCUUAGCGGGGCUGCUGUGCCCUUCCUGGGCGUGGGCUUCUCCAGCCUGGACAUGAGCCUCUGUGUCGUGCUUUACGUGGCCUCAUCCCUGUUCCUGAUGGCGAUGUACUUUUUCUUCCGGGUGCGAUCCAAACGAUGGAAAGCCAGACACUACCCGGCCGUGCGAGUAGCCGGUGUGACCCCAGAUGAAGGUGCCGUGUGCCAUCCUGUGCAGCAGUACUGGCUCUCCAGGGACAUAACCGGUUUCUGUGGACCGUUGGUGGUCAGGGACAGCUGGGGGCCACGGGAAGCGUGUCUCAUGUACACGUGUGGACACUGUUGCUUCCUGGCCCUGUGCUCUGUUCUGGUGACUUGUCCCACACGCACGGUGUUCGUGUCCUCUGCAGGCCUUGAAGACGACCCCCAGGCAGUGCUGCAGGCCAUCAGGAGGUACAUCCGCACCUUCUUUGGGUGUAAGGAGUGUGGUGACCAUUUCGAGGAAAUGGCUGAAGAAUCCAUGGACUCCGUGAAAACCCCAGACCAAGCGAUUCUCUGGCUUUGGAGGAAACAUAAUGUGGUGAACAGCCGCCUGGCAGGCCAUUUGGGUGAGGACCCCAAGUCUCCAAAGGUGCCGUGGCCCACUCCCGACCUCUGCCCAGCCUGCCAUGAGGACGUUAAGGGCCUGGACAGCUGGAACGAGGGCCAGGUGCUCCUGUUCCUGAAGCGGCACUACAGCAGCGACAACCUCGUGGACACAUACUCUGCGGCCCUGGGCGAGGCCAGCCAAGGUGCGACGCAGGGGAGGGGCCGCACUUCCCCGGAGAGGCCUCGCAGAGACCAAGGUGCCGGGAGUCUCCGUCUGGCCAGCGUGCGGCCGCCCAGGCCCGGCCCCUCAGUGAAGCUCGAGAGUCUUAGCGGGGCUGCUGUGCCCUUCCUGGGCGUGGGCUUCUCCAGCCUGGACAUGAGCCUCUGUGUCGUGCUUUACGUGGCCUCAUCCCUGUUCCUGAUGGCGAUGUACUUUUUCUUCCGGGUGCGAUCCAAACGAUGGAAAGCCAGACACUACCCGGCCGUGUAGGACUGAGCGAGACCUCAGUGCGCCUUUGGAAAUGAGCCCUACCGUGCCACCUGCAGCUUUAAUAUUUAAGAUCAGGGGUUUUACAAACAAGUUGGGUGUGGCUCCACAUUGUGUGGCGCUUCUGGCCCCUGGGUUUUGUUUCAGAGACGGGCUGGCCUCUGUCUGGGACUGUCCACAUGCCUGGAAACCCCAGAUGCCUUUACAGACCCUAUAGCAAAAGGACUUCUGUAUGUUUACUCUCCUAGGCCGAAAACCCGGAGUGGGAAUCCAGGCCAGAGGCACAGAAUUUGUACUGCCCACCCCACUCUCAUCUCACAUUUACUAGAUGGCCCAUCCUGUUCUGCAAGGCUUGGCUUGGGAUUCGGAGAACAAUCGAGCCCUUCCCCCAAGAGGGUGCUUCAGGGCCAUCGUGCAGCCAGGCCGGAGCAGAGCCAGAGCAGGUACCCUCCGGAUGCACCCCCUUCCUGACUGCUCCCUGAAGCCACUUGUGUUCUCAGGGACGCAUUGGUGCUUGGUUGUUUCUGCCCAAGUCCCAGAACAUCCCCUCAGGCAGGCCCUGCCGCAGCUCCGCACCAGGAAGGGGCCUCUGGGCUCCUGCGCGCUGUGCUCCUGUGGAGCUUUACUCCGACUGGGCCUGGGCAGGGGGCAGGGGAGCCCACAAGUGUGUGGCUUUGCUGCAUUUCAAGGAACAGCCACAGAGGCCUCAUGGAGAGACCCGGGGUUAGAAGGGGCAGUAUGGUGGCCUGGUUUAUGCUGAGGUAGCGCCUUCAUUUGUUAAUCUGGUGACAAGAGCACUGUCCCAACCUGCCUGUCCUCACCAAGCACUCUGGGCAUCCCUGCCGGGGGGCUGAGAAAACCAAGGGGUGAUCUGCUUUUCCAGGGACGGGGUUCCCAGGGGGUCUCUAAAGGAGCCCUUAGUCUACUGGGUGGCUCACCAUCUGGCAUCUGCAGGCACCGCUUUUUAACUAACAAAGGUUCAUAACCAGGGCUUCGGUGGACACCCACGGUCUCUGUGCAGAUUUAAGGCCAAACUUCAUUUGCCUGAAGCUGUUUUACAAAGGAUCCUGGCACAGGGCCCGUUCUUCCAGGCUUUGGUCAUUAAUUUUGUACCAUUAAAUGAUUUUAACACAUUAUUUGUAAAACCCAAAACAUUUAGAGGUAAAUUGGCCUCUGAAGGUGUACAUAAACACGCACAUGCACACGCACACACGCUCUGCCUGGGCAUGCGCCCACUGAUACCCUCUAUGGCUGCCGGUUUCUGUCACGAGCUCAGCUGCAGCCAUACGCCGGCAAGUGUGUGCGUCACCAGGAGGCUGUAAACAGCUUUUCUGCUUUGCCUGGUUUAUACCUGUCUGCUUGGGGUCUAUUUGUAAGACUGCUGCAACAUCAAUGUCACUGUUGUGGUCUGGGGAAACCAGACAGCCGAGUCCUGCAGCACUGGGGUCAGAGGGGAGCAGGCGGGCACCAGUCAGAAGCCACUGGUCACCAGAGGUGUCUUCGUGCUGAUGCUCUUUUACCCAUCGAAGGCUCUGUGUUGUAAGACCCGUGAUCUUGUCUGCACAGCUAGUUGUAUGUCCGGGUUAUUGAAGACCUCAUACUGUUUCUUCUCAACUUGAAACUGGACAGCUUUACACACAGAAUUCCAAGGGAAAUAUGUAGAACCAUUCAUUACACUGCCUUUUGGUUCAUGUCGACUGUCUUUCUCCUGAAGCGAGUAGCCGGUGUGACCCCAGAUGAAGGUGCCGUGUGCCAUCCUGUGCAGCAGUACUGGCUCUCCAAGGACAUAACCGUUGGCGCUGGAGGUUACCACUGCUUGACAGACAAGCUUACGGCUUCCUGAUGUGCAGGGUUUCUGUGGACCGUUGGUGGUCAGGGACAGCUGGGGGCCACGGGAAGCGUGUCUCAUGUACACGUGUGGACACUGUUGCUCACCUCAUGUGGCCUGCUUAGAACUGGACACUACCUUUAGGCGGGUUUCAGGUCUGUUUUCUAAAGUUGUAAGUAUUGAGACUAAUGAAUAUAAUAGUUUGGUAAUUUAAAUGUGUAUUUAUUUUUAAUGGAAGGAUUUUGAUUAAAAAGAAGCUAAUUGAUAUAGAAAUGUCAGUGACAUUUCUCCCUACAAGGAAGGUGAACAUUUUGUAUUUAAACUAUAAUGUGCACAUUUUAAAAAUAAAGAAAUCUGAUAUUUGAAA